UUUUGUAUCUCUUUAUGGUCAUGAAAAAAAAUUUUUUCAAACCGACAGCAUGGAACAAGUCUUUGCAUUGUUUCAGUAAGACAUUUACUCUGUGAACUCCAGUGCUUGACUUUCUUCUUAAGCGCUUCCGGUUUCCUGUCAGGUUAUAGAACUGCUCGGCCACUCGGCUUUUGUCACACAAUCAACAUACAAGACUUUAUUUACUGAUUUCCUAAUCGCGAACAUGAUUUUAAUGAAGCUUUGUACGCCAUUGUUAUCAAGGAGUGUUUGCCCUGUGAUCACCCAAACAGGUUGCCUGUCACCGUUACCACUCCGUGCACACACUGCAGGACAUGGCCAGGCUUCAUUGCUCCACACUCAAAUUCCUCAGCUCAACUCCAACAGGACGUCAGUGGUGCGCUGUGGCCGGCAGAAUUAUGAGAGACAGUACUCUGUGAUGCUGGUCCGACCUGAUGGAUCUACAGUCAAUAUAAGAUACAAAGAACCCAGACGCAUCCUCAUGAUGGCAGUCAAUCUGUCCACUCUGUCUGAAGAAGAACGUCGAGCUCGACUGAAAAAAAGAGAAGUGAAGAGGACGAGAAAAGCGACAUCAUUCCACUUUGAAGAUGACUUCAAAGCUGACAAAUACAGCCGCUUCUGGAUGAAGAAAUAAGUUAUUUUGUGUUUUACCACAACUGGAGAUGCAUCUUUAAAAAUCUGACUCUUCAGUUAAUAAAUUGUUUUAAAGCUG